AUGGCUACUUCAAAUCCCGUAUUCAAAGCCGGCAACACGGCAGUAAUCACUGGCGGAGCAUCAGGCAUUGGCCUAGCAUUGGCAUCAAAAUGCGGCGCCUACGGCAUGAAUGUCAUCAUAUGCGACAAGAACAUCUCGAAUUUAAAAGCUGCGACAGCGAGUAUCAAGGGCACUGGGAAGAUUGAGGGUGUGGAGAUGGAUGUUAGUAAAGUUGAAGAUUUUGUGAGGGUUAAGGGUGUUGUAGAGGCGAAAUUCGGGGGAACCAUCUCCAUCCUAGCCCUCAACGCCGGCACCUGCCCCCGUAACCACUCUUGGACCGACCCGUCCUACUUCCAACAAACUUUUGCUGUCAACACCCUCGGUAUAACCAACGGCCUCGCCACCCUUCUCCCCCUCAUCACAACACACUCCACGGCCACCCACCCCUCCUCUAUAAUAAUCACCGGCUCCAAACAAGGAAUCACCAAUCCCCCGGGAAACCCAGCAUACAACGCGUCCAAAGCCGCUGUAAAAUUCCUGGCCGAACACCUUUCCUUCGACUUACGCAAGGAAUCUCCCACAACAAGUGUGCAUUUGCUAAUUCCCGGAUGGACUUUUACGGGACUAACUGGCAGUGACCCUUUUAAUGGCGAGAAGAAGGAAAAGCCGGAAGGGGCCUGGACCCCUGAACAGGUUGUGGAGUUCUUGGAAGAGAAUAUGGAUAUGGGAGCGUUCUAUGUGAUGUGUCCAGAUAACGAUGUCAGUGAGGCGUUGGACCGAAAGAGGAUCUUGUGGGGCAUAGGCGACUUGCUGAAGGGGAGGCCGCCGUUGACAAGGUGGAGGGAGGAUUGGAUGGUGGAGGCUGAAGAAUGGAUAGCGUUGUCGACUGCCUAG